AUGUCUGGCUACGGAAACGAAGGCUACGGUAGUCAACAAGGCGGAGGAUAUGGAGGUGAAGAGAGAAGAGAACAUGGCCGCAGAGAUGAGGAGAGCUAUGGUGGACAGCAGGGUGGUGGAUAUGGUGGAGAGGGAAGACAAGGCGGCGGAUAUGGCGGCGAAGAGAGAAGAGAAGGUCACCAGGGUGGAUCAGGCGGACCUGGAGGAGCAUUUGGUGGUGGAAACUUUAACGAAGACCGUCGUCAGGGAGGUGGAGAAGCCCAAAGCUAUUACGGAGGUGGUGGACAAGGAGGACAAGAGGAAAUCCGCCACGGCGGUCGCGAUGAGAGAUAUGGAGGAAGUGGAAACAACCCAUAUGGAGGUGGUGGAGGAUACGGUGCCGAUGAUGAGGAUUUGAAGGGCGCAGCUCAUCAUGCUCAAGAACAUGCCGGUGAUUCUGGAGAUUCUAGCUUGUUCUCAAAUGUCUUGGGUUACUUGGGUCAGAAUAAACAAAACAUCGGUAACCAGGAGGUUGAUGAAGAAGAAGCUGUAAACUCCCACAAACAAUUCUAUGGCGGUGGCGGCUCUUCCGGCGGUUCGGCAUCUUCAUCUAGUAUGGGUAGUGCCGCCGCAAUGCAAGCACUCAAGAUGUUCAACGGUGGUUCAUCUGGAAACUCCUCGUCCGGAAACUCUCAAAACGCUUUCGUUGGAAUGGCAAUGGCACAAGCCAGUAAAUUGUUCGAUCAACAAAGCGGUCAAGGAAAUGUCUCUUCUGAUUCUUCUAAGGAAAGCGCGGUUCAGAAAGCUGGUGAAAUGGCUCUUAAGAUGUAUAUGAAGAGUCAAGGUGGUGGAAGCUCGGGUGGUAUGAGUGGAUUGAUGGGACUGGCAAGUAAAUUCAUGUAA